ACCGUGCUCCAAUGAGCUUUGCAGUGGCUGAAGAGUCCUGCACGCAUUGCUGAGAUGCCACUUUAGAGAAGGAUACAAUUUUACUUAGGAUCGUCUUUUAUCUCCCUUGAAAAGAGCAGAUGAGAAGGCUAGCAGCCAAGGAGAACAGAUCAAAAAGAAAUUCACAGUGUGAGCUGCAGGGUUUUGAGUUCCUGCUGCCUCAGGAGUCUGAGAUCACUGGGACAACUGCAGUCUGAUGGCACUGGUUGCUGUCACGCUGUCUGCCCCAGAUCACAGUACAGAAGGGCGGAACUACCCGGGUACUUAAGCAGGCCCCAGGUAGCAGCAGUGUCUUUGUAGGAGUUGCUCCUUUGCUCUUUUGCUCCUGGGAAUGCAGGAACUCAGCAGUUACAGGAAAACGUGAAUUCCAAGCUCUGAUUUCUCCUCUGCAACAUCUGCACUGCAUGUCUUUGCCUUCCUACCACCCCCCCCCCCUCCUCUGUCCAGCCUCAGCCUCACAGUAAUCACUGUUCUCUUCUUCUGUGCUCCUCUGCCUUCUGGAUAUGCUAAGCCAGCAGUCCCACAUUUCCUCCAUUGUGUUCCAGCACCUCCACAGGAGUGGCUGCAGCCAUUACGCCGUGUGUGUCUGGGUGCUGUGACCACUCUUAUAAAUAAUAGACAUUUUCACUCACUUCUCAUUACGUCCUGUUGUAUACGAAGCCAACUUCAUUGUUCUAGACUAAGGAAGCCAGACUCCUUGCAGAAUAAACACCUUCCUGUUCUGCCGCUAUGCAAAAGUAAAGAAUAAAGAAUACUGAAUAAUAUCAAUCUUACACGCAUUAGGAACUCCAGCAGUAACCUUCCUCCAGACCAUUCACUGCCUUUCCAUGUAAAGAGCAGGCUUAGGAUAUACAAGUUAUGAAAUUCAGAGGCUUGCAGAACACGGGAAUGUUUGUGGUAGGCUUCAGUCUGUUGGUCAUAUCCUUGGCGUGUGAAUGUGGUUUCUGUUCAGCUGCUACCCAGGGGUCAGUUGUAUCUGCUAGAACAGCAACUGAAAGACAGAUCUUAUUUUUUAUUUGUUUUUAAUGAUUUUCUGCUUGGGACAAUAAAGAAACAGAAUUCUUGGCAAGUAUUUAUCAGCUGUUGUGGUUCUGUGUCUGUACAAGAGAGUCUGGAUGGAAACUCAAUAUAUUGAACUCAAUUAUCUCCUAUUCAACAGAUGCAGAAAAACAUAUAUAAGAUACAUAGGAUGUACAACACCUGACUUUCUUUGUUUUGUAUACUUUGUUUUUGUACUCUUUGUUUUAUAUCUAUCUCAUUUAUAAGAGUGAGUGCACAGGGCGGCAGUGAAUUGUUAAGUUUUCAUUUCACCAAGUCAUUUCCCUUCGUGUUCCCUUACAAAUGUGGCAACACCCUCAAUACUGCAUUUCAGACAUUUCAGUUAUUCUGAGUCAUGGGUUAAAUAGUUGUUUUCACAGUGAAGAUGUAAUAAACAGAUCGAGGUCCAUUUCUUGUUUACUUAGAUGGCUGUUUCUUGGCAUAGUGAUUCCAAAAGUCUUAAAAGCAUUAUAAAUUAUAGGAUGAAUGGUUUCACAGUGGUCACUCUGUAAUGUGUUCAGUUUAAUGACAGAGCGGCUUGUAUGUUGACAAUUGAAAGGAGAAGUUGACUCUUAUCUACAAGGGCUCUGUCAACUCAAAUCUCAUUACGUUGUUUAAUUAGUGACGAUAAUGUGUGUGAUCCUAAAACAAUUAUAAAUGAUUCAUGAUUGCGGAAUAUGCUGCAAUAGCAAAGAGGAACUCUUGGAGCCAGAGCUGCAAGUAUUGCUGAAAAAAAAAACCAACAAAUGAACCAAUGGAUGGGCAUAGAAACAUGUAGCACCAGGGCUUGGAACUCAUCUUAGCCCAUUUUUGCAUCCACCUGCAUUUGAAGCUGAUUGUGUGCUUGCUUUUUAUACGUCUGAGGCUGUGCCACCAAACGGUUAAAUCUGCUCAAAAAUAGAGAAGAAUAAAGAUAUUUGUUUCCCAGCAGAUGUAAUCAGCACUUUUGUGUUUUGGUGGCACUCAGCAUGUAUCUCGCUGUGACUUUUAACCCUUCUAUUCUGGUAAGGGGAAUAAAAAUCAGGAGACAGUCCCUGACAGAGGGAGACACUGCUUCUACAGGGAGCAUCUCAGUGCAGUGCAUGGACCUCAGCAGAUAACCCCAUGCUAAAUGGGUGCCUGCGAUAAUCACUCAGGCCUGGAUUUAUCCUGCCUAAGUUUAGAAACCUAUCUGAGCUGCUUACGUUGGUUGUCUCCAUAUCUCAGAGGAUAAAGCAGUUGUUCAGAGGGUUGGUCAGCACUCUGCCCCACUCACAACUGAGGGACUCUGGGUGCUGCGUUUCUGACCGUGGUGUUUCUGUUGGGUGCCCAAAGCAGAUGUGUGAGGCUGGGCCAGGCCACGGCAGCAGCUCUCAUGGGCAUCCCAAUGGCUGCAGAGGUAUUCCUGGUGGUGGAGUUAGGAGCUUAGCAUGAGAAAUCAACUGAUAAGAAAUCAAAGCUACUCCAAAAGAUUAGGGUGCCCCACCUGAAAUAGGGAAGGAGCGACUCGAUUUUUUGCUGUACAGUUCAUGACUUUGUACUUUGGCCUUGUGCUGUUUGGACUGUGUAACCUUCAGGCUGUUAAGUGGUGAAUGAUAACUCCCCUCUAAUGUGACAUUACUAGCCAUGAAAGGAAUGCAGAGAGGUUGCAAAUUCAGUAACCAACACGUCUUCCCUGUUUCCGCUUUGCCCCGUUUUGAAGAGGAAUGCAGUGUGUUGAGCUUGGCGUGGUUGUAUCCUUCUCAUUUUGUGCUUUCUUCUUCCACUGACACUCAAGGCACCGUGAAAAUAGCAGUAUUCUGCCUCCUGCAAACACAUGCAUUUUUGUGGUGCAUCAUUUCCUGGCCUUUAUGAGUUUCCUCUUUCUCUGCAUGAGGAGUUAUGGCCAGAGUAAGAUGCCAGCUCCAAACUGAGCUCUCUUGUGGUGAAUACAUGAGGGGGGCUCCCUCUGCUCAGAAGGGACCAAAGCAGAACAUACUUACAAACAGCCCCUUCCAUAUGGUGAACCACUGCUCUCUAACCAAGUUCCAAGCCUAAUAAUUUCCCAGAAUUUUCUUAAAAAGAGAGUAUCUCAGGCAGAAGACAGUGACACGUACACUGAGCUUGUGUCAGCACAUCCUCUUCAAGCCACAUAUGUAGGACGCAGGAGAAACUGGAAGAUACAGUUGGCAUCCAUUUUACACAGUCAGUGCCACUCAGCUCCUGGAAGAGGAGAAGUACAGUCUGCAGCCGGGCCCCUCCCUUCCAGUGGCAGAAACACAGAGGUAAAGAGAAAAUGGUUUCUGCAGCUACCUGCUUGUUCAGCAGCAGCAUUUUCCUGUGAGGCUAUUUGUGCUGUUUCUCAGCCAGAAUGUAGUAAACUCAAAAACAGGGCUGUUAACUUGUUCGGCGUGAAAGACUCUUACAUCACACCCUGCUGCUGGCAGGCAGCCUGGGAACCAGGAUAUGUGCAGCAGGUCCUCCCGUCUGGCUCUCUCCAAAAAGCCAUGGCACCUAUCAGAGCGCCGUGAUCAGCCUGGCUGAUGAAAGAGAUUUAAAUCUGAUGAAGAGAACUGAAAAUGUCCUUUGAUUCUGAUGUUGUCUUUAAAAAAAAAAACAACACAGGCUGGGAGAAAUGGAAUCCAGUCUGCGAAUGUGCAGUAACUCUCUAUUUCAGCAUUCGUGUGGUUUAAGGAAGUAAAUGAGUGCCAAGGCAUUACUCUGAUUCAGCUUUGAUUUAUACCACAGUAAACUGAUCACGGAACCUAGAGCCAGCAAGGCAGUCAUUUUCCAGUGAGAAAGCUCUGGCAGUGUUGCUGUGUCCAGACUAGUUCUAAGUGCUUUAACACCAGCACUGCUUCUGGGAGAUGAUUCUGUUCUCUAAUAGAUCCUCUGGGCUCCAAUAAGCCAGCUGGGUUGCAACAUUCUUCCUAAUGCAACUGCUGCUGUCCGUGUGAAAGUGCAUUUAAUGUACAAAUGGAACAUACUUGUCCAACAGUUGGCACGUAAGUGAUUAGUUGCAAACCUAGUAAAUCAACAGCUUUGUGAUUAUGUGUAAUUUAAUCACUUAACAAUUACACACCAUGUUAAUGGAAAAAAACGUCCUGAGCCUACCUGAUUCGUUUUGUCUGCUUUGACAGAGCGUCAGGAUGGUUCCACUGAGCAGAAUGACUUCACAUCAUCGAAAGUCCAUAGUGAGAUUCAGUGGGAAGUAAAACCUCAAUGAGCCAGUAAACUUGCUCGGAAACGAACAGACCUAUUCUACUAAUAUUCUGUUCUGUCCCUUUACCUCCUCCCUAUUAGUCUUAUUCUUUUACCACAUUUGGUAUUUUUAUCCCCAUUUAAAAUACGCAACAGACAUCUUGCUAAUGAUUUUAUAUUGAUUAUUUUGCUUUUUCUAGAGUUACUCAUUUGGUUUAGGAGGAAAAAGAUACAGUCACAACCUCCUGUAAUGUCAGUUUCCUGAUAUAAUUGUAAUUGCAUUCUGGUUGCAGCAUUUGGAUUCUUGGCAAUCAAUCAUAGGAUGCAGAGAAUUUACAUUGUGUAAUUUUUUUGCCCUGAGGAAAUGCAUGUCUGUCAGCUUGUGGCUUUUUCAGCAGAGCAAAUUUAUGCAGCUACCUAUGGGUGUAGUCUGUGCCAAAUUUAUCUUAACAGCAUAAACUCCUCCGAUUCCUGUUCCUGCCAGUUCUGGAGCCCAAGCAGAAAGGCCAAGAUGAAAGGAUGAGAAGCCACAAUACGGAGUCCCAUCAAUUCUCAGCUGCUUUGGCAGUGCUUGUAUGACUCUAAGUAACCAAGACAAUUAGAACCAGAGCACCUGUGUGUGCCUCUACGGUACACAUUGGUACCAAACUCAUGACCCCAGAAUCCCGAGUGGGAAGUUUCUAGUUUGAAGCUGAAAGCAAAGUUACCUUUAUCACCCUACAUCCUGCACUAUGCGUGGCAGUAGUACUCAUGGUACUACUCUUCUAUUAAGAGUGAGCUCUGUUAGUGGUCACAGCCUGAUACCUCAUUUCUGACUUAAGGUACAGGUUUAGUGUAAUAGAGCACUGCUGACAGUAUCUUACCAACUAUUUCUCAGGAAAACAAUGAUGUACCAUGCGUGCUUGUGCAUAAAGCAGCAGGGAAUAUAAACCAAAGUCUUUCCAUUAGAACAGAGCUUUGUACGCACACUUCUGAAACUUCUCUGUUGCAGCAUUCCUUCUCACGUAUUCAGCUAGAUGGAAAAUAUGGCUAUAGGAAGGAAGAAAUGCUAUACAGGCUGGGAUCCUUGGGAGGGAACUCUAUGAAUUCCUCAUCCAUCUCCAUCUCUCUUGGCUCUGUUUCAUCCAUACUGUAUUGUUGGAUUCUGUAUCUUUAACAGCCAGCAGAGCUUUACAGAGUGUAAAUCCCUGGCUGAUACCAAAGGGUCACAGGCUACACAAAGUGGCCAUAUCCCUUUCUCUUCUCCCCACAACACUGCCUUACCCCUUCCUCUGUUUGGAUUAAACAGAAUGUUGAAGUUAGGAGAUAAAAGGGGGACAUCUCGAGUAACCCUCCCUUCCGUACAGCUUCUGCACUGUGGCAUUUGUAUUUUAGUGUCACUAUCUGCCAGUACACGAGGAGAGCAACACGGCUCUGCAGAAACACAGCUCGUAUCUGUGGUUCUUUUUCUUUUAAGAUAACAAUCAACCAAGUUUGGCCAUUUGAAAGUCAGCUGCAUGGGCUGCUGACUCAGAGGAGUCAGCAGGAGUCAGUCAGGAGGACCAGAUACCAUCUUGGCAGCAGCUUGGAAAAAUGUUUCCAUUGUGCUCCCGAAAUGAAUGCAAAAUAUUUAUUCCUUGAGCUUGUUCCCAACAGCAUUCUUAGCGGGCACUGAGGGCAGGGCUGUGCGGAAGACAUUUUUAGGAAGACAGUAAUGAUUUGUGCAGUGCCCGAGGUAUGAAUAAUCAUAUUUUAUGAUUAACAAAGAACAGAAGUCCUACAGCACAGAGUGUGUAAGCUGAAGCGUAGAAAGGUGAAGUAACGGGGUGUAGGGUGACAGAAUUUCUGCAUCUCCUGCUGUGGAAGGGAUCCACGAGGAUCACAGAGCCUGACUCCUGAACAGACCAUAAAAAAGGCGGCGGCAGCGGCUCCGGCUCCCUCUCAGCUCCCGGCCGCCUCCGAAGGGAUGCUGGAGAAACUCGAGCUCGAAGAUGAAGCACUUGAAGAGUCGGAAAGUGACAUUUAUGUGCGAUUCAUGAGGUCACACAAGUGUUAUGACAUUGUUCCAACAAGCUCUAAGCUUGUUGUUUUCGACACUACGCUACAAGUAAAGAAGGCCUUUUUCGCCUUGGUGGCAAAUGGUGUGAGAGCAGCUCCACUGUGGGAGAGUAAAAAACAGAGUUUUGUAGGAAUGUUAACAAUUACAGAUUUCAUUAACAUACUGCAUAGAUACUAUAAGUCUCCAAUGGUUCAGAUCUAUGAAUUGGAGGAGCACAAGAUAGAAACCUGGAGGGAACUUUAUUUACAAGAGACGUUUAAACCUUUAGUGAACAUCUCCCCAGAUGCAAGCCUUUUUGAUGCUGUAUAUUCAUUGAUCAAAAACAAAAUCCACAGAUUGCCAGUUAUAGAUCCCGUCAGUGGAAAUGCACUUUAUAUACUUACCCAUAAAAGAAUCCUCAAGUUCCUCCAGCUUUUUAUGUCAGAGAUGCCAAAGCCUGCCUUUAUGAAGAAGAAUCUGGAUGAACUUGGAAUAGGAACUUACCACAACAUUGCCUUCAUACAUCCAGACACUCCUAUCAUUAAAGCCUUGAAUAUAUUUGUAGAGAGAAGGAUAUCGGCAUUACCUGUUGUGGAUGAGUCAGGAAAAGUUGUAGAUAUUUAUUCCAAAUUUGAUGUAAUAAACCUUGCUGCUGAAAAAACCUAUAAUAACCUAGAUAUCACGGUGACACAAGCCCUACAGCACCGUUCUCAGUAUUUUGAAGGUGUUGUAAAGUGUAGUAUGCUGGAAACACUGGAGACCAUUGUUGAUAGGAUAGUGAAGGCUGAGGUUCAUCGUUUGGUGGUAGUGAAUGAAGCAGAUAGCAUUGUGGGUAUCAUCUCCCUUUCUGACAUUCUACAGGCUUUGGUACUCACACCAGCAGGUGCCAAACAAAAGGAGAAUGAAAGUGAAUGACUGCUGUGAAUGUAUAAACGUUUGUAGGAGAAUCUGAACAAAGUUUCUGGGUCAAGUUUGUCUCGAGAACAGUGACUGCAAUAGAACAGAGCAGGAUGGUUGAGAAUGUGUUUUGGGACUUAGUGAUGGAUGAUGAGUCUAUUCCCCCCCAGUGAUGUCGCAAAAAAACAAAGCAGCAUGACAAAAGCUUAUGUUACAAUGUAGGCUUGUAUUUCAAAACGUCUUCAGAACAUUUGCUGGAAGACUUCACACGAUGUCCUUCAUUAAAAUGCACUGUAUUCUGAACCUUUUUCAUUUUGUAUUUGACAGAAGUCACUGGUCAGCAAUGGAUAUAUGUGACAUAAGGCAAGUGUAUGGCAUAUUCAUAUCAUAGUGCCUUAUGUCAAAAUACAGCAAUAUGUCAUCACUGUUGCCCAUCACUGUCAAAGGAAGUAUUGUGUUAAAUGAGACACUGUAUUUGAAUGUGAAAGUCUUUAAACCUAAACCAAAUCAGUUUCAGUUCUCAUUAGACUUGUCAUAAAAGCUGUAAUUUGAAUAUCAGUAGACUUCUUUAAAACUUUAAUGACAGUUUUGUGUUAAAUGUUGCAUUCUGAACCGAGAUGUAAAACGAGACUGAUUUUAAAAACAGCUUUAUUUAUUUUUACUUUCAUGACAAUUUUUUACACAUCUUUGGUGGAUAGCUAAGAUUUCACCAUAUCCAUUAAUAAACUGUUGAUUGUUAUACAAA